AUGUCAAAAUCAGAAACACAAUUAUUUCAAUUCGAUUCUGCAAGGUAUCAAUUCCACAAUGAAUUUGCUACACAGACUCAUGAAGCUAUUGAAAAUGAAUAUUAUGAUUUAGAAAAGAUUCAAUCCCAGCAAGAACGGUUAGAAAGACCACAAUUACGUGAAAUAGUUUCUGCACCAGGUAGAUUUGCUACGAUAGAAUUUGAAGCUGAAGGGCCUCCUUCAGAUAUGACUAAUGAUCCAAUGAUACUGAACAUUCAAAAAUAUUUGAUGGAAGAGAUUAGUAAAGAAAUUAUGAAAACUUCUAUUGAUACAACAACAAGAAAGAUGGACGAGAAUGAGAAGAUACGACAAAACUCAACUUCCAGUAAUAGUUCUUUUCCAAUUAAUAAUAAUUCUGUACCGUAUCGACAUCAUAGGUCUAGUUCUUCACUAAGUCAAAAAAAUAUCAUUCGCUCUCUACCUUCAAUUGUUGAAGAGAAAGCUCAAUCUAAUAAUCCUAUUAAUUCUCAAUCUAAUUAUCAUUUUUAUUCAAACAUGAACCCUAUACCAUAUUCAAGAUCAUAUUUAAGUUUAUUCUCUAAUAAUAAUUAUACAAGUACUAAUAAUUCAAAUAAUUCAUCAAAUUGUAAUUCCCGCGAAGAAACUAAUACAACACACCUUGAUUCCCCUACAAAUAAUUCCUUUGCAAACAAUAAUUCCCCUGCAAACAACAAUACCCAUAAUCAUAAUCAAUCUCAUUCCCAUAAUCAAUCUCAUUCCCAUAAUCAUACCCGUACGUAG